UUGGGUAGGGAGCCUAGCUCUCUGAAAGCAGCAAUGCCUAGUGGGGGUACGGAGGCCGAGUUCGGAGACCACCCGAGUAAUUGCGGUCCAGAGCAAAGCCCCCUGGAUCGGAACGAGAGCUACCCUCACGCCCCGCCCGGCUGCCGGCAGCCGCACUUCUGGGCGGAUGCCGCAGCUUCCAUGCCUAUGGCUGUUCUAAAAUUGGGCCAAAUAUAUCCAUUUCAGAGAGGCUUUUUCUGUAAAGACAACAGCAUCAACUAUCCGUACCAUGACAGUACCGUCACAUCCACUGUCCUCAUCCUAGUAGGGGUUGGCUUGCCCAUUUCCUCUAUGAUUCUUGGAGAAACCCUGUCUGUUUACUGUAACCUUUUGCACUCAAAUUCCUUUAUCAGGAAUAACUACAUAGCCACUAUUUACAAAGCCAUUGGAACCUUUUUAUUUGGUGCAGCUGCUAGUCAGUCCCUGACUGACAUUGCCAAGUAUUCAAUAGGCAGACUGCGGCCUCACUUCUUGGAUGUUUGUGAUCCAGAUUGGUCAAAAAUCAACUGCAGUGAUGGUUACAUUGAAAACUACAUAUGUCGAGGGAAUGCAGAAAAAGUUAAGGAAGGCAGGUUGUCCUUCUACUCAGGCCACUCUUCGUUCUCCAUGUACUGCAUGCUGUUUGUGGCACUUUAUCUUCAAGCCAGGAUGAAGGGAGACUGGGCAAGACUCUUACGCCCCACACUGCAAUUUGGUCUUGUUGCCAUAUCUAUUUAUGUGGGCCUUUCUCGAGUUUCUGAUUACAAACACCACUGGAGUGAUGUGUUGACUGGACUCAUUCAGGGAGCUCUGGUUGCAGUAUUAGUUGCUGUAUAUGUAUCGGAUUUCUUCAAAGAAAGAACUUCUUUUAAAGAAAGAAAAGAGGAGGACUCUCACACAACUCUGCAUGAAACAUCAACAACGGGGAAUCACUAUCAGAGCAAUCACCAGCCUUGAAGGGCAGCGGGGUGCCCAGGUGAAGCUGGCCUGUUUUCUAAAGGAAAAGGAUUGCCACAUGGCAAGAGGAUGCAUCUUUCUUCCCAGUGUAUAAGCCUUUAAAGACUGCUACUGCUGCUAUGCCUCUUGGAUGCCCACUUUGUGUGUACAUAGUUACCUUUAACACAGUGGUUAUCUAAUAGCUCUAAAUUCAUUUAAAAACUCCAAGCCUUUCACCAAAACAGUGCCCCACCUGUAUACAUUUUUAUUAAAAAAUGUAAUGCUUAUGUAUAAACAUGUAUGUAAUAUGCUUUCUAUGAAUGAUGUCUGAUUUAAAUACACAUAUUAAAAUGUAUGGGACAACCAAA